GCGGGUACUCCGAGUGGUGAUCUCGUGCGCGUCCCGUCCGUGUCCCGGGUCAAGUUCCGUCGGUGCCGUAACGUGUUUCCCCGUCGCGGAGUGAGAGCAACAGCCAUGGAAGGGUUCCUGCACCACAUGGCGCCGCAGUUCCUGCACCCAGCCCUGCAGAGCUUCGGCUGCGGCGCCUUCCGACCGAUAGGGGGCGCCUUCCACCCCUUGUACCCUGGGAAAGCCUUUGCCCGCCAUUUGGGGGAGCAGUACGCCCUUGGCCAAAGCGUUGGACAAGCGCUCAGGUCCAGAAUGAAAAUGUGGUGGUCACAGAGCGUCCGCGACGAGAGCAGCACGCCGCCGCUGUACCGGCACGCGUACGCCGCGCGCGACGACACCAGCUCGCCCGGCUCCGCCGCGUCCGCCUCGCCGCGGCCCUGCAAGGACGACGAGCCCGUACCGCCGCCCACCUGCACCGACUCGCACGACUUCUUCUCGGCGGACGGCGAGCGCAAGUCGUCGUGCGGCGUGUGCGGCGCGCGGCUGGGCCCGGGCGUGGCGCAGGCGCACUUUCUGCAGGAGCUGCAGCACCUGUACAGCCUGAGCGCGCUGCCCCGCGACGCUGCUGCGCCGCCCGCGCACUCGCUGCACCACCAGGACGAGGACGCGCGGUGGGAGACAUUUCAGCGCAUCCGAGCGAACCGGCAGCGGCGGCUGAAGCUGCGCACGCGCAAGCGGCACCACACCGUCGAGAGCAUGCUGGGCUACGACCUGGAAGAGGAGCGGCGCGAGGAGCGGCCGCGGGAGCCGCGCGCCUACGACGCAGAAGACGAGCCCGUGGACGUGGAGGGCGACUCGCUGGGCUGGCCCGACGCCGCCAUCAGCGUGGACGAUAAGGAGCAGCGAGGUGACAAGUUGCACUUGAGCUACGCUGAAGACUUGGAGAUAUCGAGCACGAACGACACUAUCCACUCACCCGAGCGUGUUAGGAUCGAGACGCCGAAGCCGCUUUCGCUGGAGUGCACGCCCAAAUCGGACGUGUCCGAGCGUCCGGCCGAGGUGUCCACUUCGGACGCGUGGGCGGCGGCGGGCGCCCCGCCGGACGGCUGGCAGCUGGCGCCGGAGUCCUACGUGCGCCACAAGCUGGACGGCGAGAACCUGCCUUCUUCCACGGACUCGCGGAACUAAACGACUUGAUGCUAGAGAGCUGCUAAGGGUACAUGAUGACACAACCAUGCCAUGACCGGUCAAAAUCUAGGGUGUAUCCCACUUUAUCCAUGGAUAUGUUACUUUACCGACUUGCCAUUUUUAUUCAAACCACUAUUCUCCGCUUACAGGCAUACGGGUUGUCUAGAAGAGAUGGCUUCUUAGCGAUGCGAUAAUACCGCCUAAACUGAAAAUGAAUUUUGGUGGUGUGCAAUGUGCAGUAUUGCUGUUAUGUUUAUUUGUUUCUCAAAAAGUGUUCCUGUUUUACACUGUGUUGCCUACAUCACCUUGUGUGAAGCCAUUUUUUUGUGAAUUUGACCAGAGGAUAUAUUUUCCUAGUAGGUACCUACUUAAGCAUUAGAAAUAACUUGUACCUACUUCACCUUAUGGCAUGUUUUUUUUUAUGUGACAGACGAAACAGAAUGUCACGUAGGUACCCAAAAUGCAGACUGAAAUCAGCAAUGCUUUGGGAAUGAAAAGCAUAACUACAUAAUAGGCAACAGCCUCAAAACAAGAACUUAUAUUGUAUCGGCGCACAUUUUUUUCAUUGUAAGUCGUACCUACUUCAAAUACGAGUAUCUACUGAAGUCGCAAACAGUAGUCUGUAUAAUAGUAAUAACAAUUAGUUAUAAACUUUGACCUUUAAUUGGACCAUUCUUGGAAAAGUUGAAAUUUUCUCAUUCGAUUAACACAUACAUUCAUUUACAAAGCCUUUUGUUUUACAUUUUGUUAAUUAUUUUAAAAAAUGUGUUUGGUUGACUUGUAUAAAACGAUUUUACUAUUGAAGGUUUUUUAGGUAUUAAAAGUUUUAUAAUUUGUAGUAAAUUUUAAUAGAUUGUAAAGGUAUUGGGAUGUAAGUAGUCUGAAAACACUUGCUACCUUCAUGUAAAUAGGUAAUUGUCUUUCAGUCAUGAUAUUUACGUAUGAUUGUUAAAUAAGGUAGGUACUU